CUAGUAAACACAAACCAAUAAAAAAUAAUACUAUAACUGAUCAUAAAAAUGUCUACUCUUAACGUGUUUGUCUCUUGCACUGCACCUGCUGCUCCACCCUCACAACCAGAAGCUAACCAAAUUCGACGCUCUGGAAACUAUAAGCCUUCUCUAUGGGAUUGCAUCUACAUUCAGUCUCUCAACACACCUUCUAAGGAGAAGAAGCAUAUGAAUAGGCAAGCAGAGCUGAUUGAGCAAGUGAAGAUGUUGCUAAAGGAAAAAAUGGAACCUCUUCAACAAUUGGAGUUGAUUCAUGACUUGAAAUAUCUGGGACUGUCUUAUUUUUUUCAAGAUGAGAUUAUGCAUAUGUUAGGUUCUCUAUAUAAUGAGCACAAAUGUUUCCACAAUAAUAAUGAAGCAGCAGAUGAAAGGAAUUUGUAUUUCACAGCUCUUGGAUUCAGAAUCCUCAGACAACAUCGUUUUAAUGUUUCCACAGAAAUGUUUGAUUGUUUCAAGAACAAGAAGGGUAAUGAUUUCAAGGCAAGCCUUGGUCAAGAUACGAAAGCAAUGUUACAACUUUAUGAAGCAUCUUUCCUUUUAAGAGAAGGUGAAGAUAUAUUAGAGCUAGCAAGAAUAUUUUCCACAAAAUGCUUGCAAAAGAAACUUGAGGAAGGUGGUGAUGAAAUUGACGAAGAUCUGUUAUCUUGGAUUCGCCACUCUUUGGAUCUUCCUCUUCACUGGAGGGUUCAAGGACUAGAGGCAAGAUGGUUCUUAGAUGCUUACAAGAGAAGGCCAGACAUGAAUCCACUUAUUCUGGAGCUCGCCAAACUCGACUUCAAUAUUAAGCAAGCAACAUAUCAACAAGAACUGAAAGAUGUCUCAAAGUGGUGGAGUGAUUCAUGCCUGGCUGAAAAACUCCCAUUCGUGAGAGAUAGAAUCGUAGAAUGUUACAUUUGGGCCGUUGCACUGUUUGAGCCUCAUGAAUAUGGAUAUCACAGAAAAAUGGCCGCCAUUAUGAUUACCAUGGUAAUAGUUAUUGAUGAUAUUUAUGAUGUGUAUGGUACAUUAGAUGAACUCCAACUAUUUACUGAUACCAUUCGAAGAUGGGAUACUGAAUCAAUAAGCCAACUUCCUUAUUACAUGCAAGUUUGUUAUUUGGCACUUUACAACUCCGUUUCUAAGUUGGCUUACGAUGUUCUGAAAGAUCGACAUUUCAUCAGUAUCCCAUAUUUACAGAGAUCGUGGUUAAGUUUGGUUGAAGGAUUUUUGAAGGAGGCACAAUGGUACUAUAGUGGAUACACACCAAGCUUGGAAGAAUAUCUGAACAACGCCAAAGUUUCAGUAUCGUCUCCUACAAUAAUAUCCCAACUUUAUUUCACAUUAGCAAACUCGAAAACUGACAAAACGGUCAUUGAGAGCUUGUACGAAUACCAUAACAUACUUAACUUGUCAGGAAUGAUUUUAAGGCUUGCUAAUGAUCUUGGGACUACUCAGUCUGAGCUGAAGAGGGGCGACGUGCCGAAAGCAAUCCAGUGUUACAUGAAGGACACAAAUGCUUCAGAGAAAGAGGCAAAAGAACACGUGUGGUUUUUGAUAAGGGAUGCGUGGAAGGAGUUGAACACGGCCACGACAGUCGCCGAUUGUCCGUUUACAGCUGAUUUGGUUGAGGCAGCAGUUAAUAGUGGAAGAGCAGGGCUGUUUAUAUAUCUGGAGGGAGAUGGUAACGGAGUGCAAGGCCUGCUGUUCGAGCCAUACGUCUAAAUAAAUAAAUUUGAAUUACGAUCCACUAUCCCUAAAUAUUUAAUUCUUGUACCAUGGUUGAGAUGCCAUGUGGCAGAAAUUUGACUUCUCCAAUGAGCACGAGUGAUUCAAGUCCAA